GAGGCGACUGACGAAGAAGCGCGCAUCGCACCGCGCAGCUUUUGCGCACAGAGAAAACGUAGCUGCGACACUGGCGAGGUGGAGACGCGACCAGCCGAGAGGAUGCAGUGAAAAGGACCAGUUUCCCAGCUGAUCCAGAGCCGGGCGUGAGGGCAGCUAGAAUUAAAAAAAAAACACCGUCGAAAAUGAGCGUGAUCCAGGCUGGGCACGAAGGCAGGGCGGACGGCGGCAGAGGGGGCUUCACCGACGGCGGCGGCUCCCCGAGGCUCCAGCAGUGCGCACAGCCUCCCAACAGCAGCAGCAGCAGCAGCAGCCGGACCAAAGAGAGCAGAUACCAGCAGCAGCAGCUCCAGCAGCAGCGGCAUCAUGGUGGGUCGAUGCUCAAACAACCGUCGCACAACGAGCCGGCCGACGUCGUGAGGCGAGCGCUGGAUUUUAAGUGCCAGGGAACCCAGUGCUACAAGGAUAAGAAGUACCGGGAGGCGAUCGGCAAGUAUCACCGCGCUCUGCUGGAGAUCAAGGGGCUGUGCAGGGUGCUGGGGGACCCGGACACCAGCUCCAAGUCCCCGUCCUCCCUGCUGCCCACCAUCAGCAAGUCCACCACGCUGACGGACGAGCAGAAGGGCGCGAUGGAGAACGCAGAGCUGGAGUGUUACAACAGCCUGGCCGCUUGCCUUUUGCAAAUGGAGCUGGUGAACUAUGAGCGGGUGAAGGAAUACUGUCUGAAAGUGCUCCACAAGGAAGGAAAGAACUUCAAAGCUCUGUACCGGUCCGGAGUGGCCUACUACCACCUAGGAGACUUCCAGAAGGCCCUGUACUACCUGAAGGAGUCGCACAAACAGGAGCCCUCAGACACCAAUGUCAUCCGCUACAUCCAGCUGACAGAGAUGAAGAUUCGCCGGAAUGCCCAAAGGGAAAAGAAAGAGGCGACAUAAGCUGCCGGAUGACUCCUCGUUAAAAUUUCAGCCCUACCGUGUGCCGCCCGGACCUUUGAAACACCGCGAGUCAAAAAGGUCUCGGUGUGAAAUGAUGUUUGUUUGCUUUUGCCUUGCACAGCAUCCGGUUGCCAGUUCUGUGAUUGAAAAAAAAAUUUCACUGUUGUGUGCUUGAAGUGUCUGUUUUUUUUUUUUGUUUUUUUUUUUAAAGAAACUGUACCAGAUAUUGAGUUUCCGUCCCCCCAAAAUCCACCAACUUAUCUAGUAUGAGUAUGUUUUAAACCAUUCCAAACUGAUGCACUGCCAGUCCAAACAUUGCACAUCCAGGCCAACACUUGUGGAAGAGACAGGAGCAACAAGGUCCACACAGUGAAUGCAGCAUGUCUGCAGGCGAGUGUAACUGUAAAUUAGCACCUGCCCUCGCACAAGAUGCCUCUUGAAUGCCAUGGAGUAAGUGAGUAACAACCACAGACACUUCUGUCACCACUUUGAUACUUAAAGUACUAUAAAAGUCACAAUUUUUUUAAUAUAUAUAUAUGUAUCUAUAUAUCUGAAGUAAUGGUGCUUUUAUUGAGUACUCAGAGUGCAUCCUGGUUGCUAACUUGAGACACAUAUCACAAAAUAUGUAAAUAGGCUAUAAACUCACAAGAAAAUAUAAAGGAGAGGCAAGCUGUUUGUGUUUAUUAAUGCCAAAACGAAGCACUUCGGUCACAGCAUUUACUGUAUCUACAUAUGUUUACUGUAAAGGUAUGCGUGUAAUAAACGUGUCUGUUGAUUGAGAUAUUUUUCGUGGUGCUGCAGCGGUGGAUUUCCCUUCACUUUGACAUUUUUAUCGAGCUCAUAAAUGAAAAAUAAAUGGAUGGAGAAGAGCUGAUGAAAGCACAUGUGUAAAUAAACUAAUGAAGCAAAGCUGA